UCAGCGCGAGGGUGCCCCAGACUGAGGCACCGGCGCGGGAGGAGGAGGCGGAGGAGGAGCGGCCGCCGCUGGAACCUUGAAGCCCGGAGCCCGACCCCGACCCCGACCCGCAGCAGUCCCGAGCCACAUAUCCAUGAGCUCCGACUUCCAGCAUUACAGCUUCAGAAUGCCUAACAUCGGGUUCCAGAAUCUGCCUCUCAACAUAUACAUUGUGGUUUUUGGCACUGCGAUUUUUGUCUUCAUACUCAGUUUACUCUUCUGUUGCUACUUAAUCAGGCUGAGACACCAGGCCCACAAAGAGUUUUAUGCCUACAAACAGGUUAUAUUAAAAGAAAAAGUAAAAGAACUGAAUCUGCAUGAGAUCUGUGCGGUUUGUUUAGAAGAUUUCAAGCCCAAAGAUGAGUUGGGGAUCUGUCCGUGUAAGCAUGCCUUCCACAGGAAGUGCCUCAUCAAGUGGUUGGAAGUUCGAAAAGUGUGCCCCCUCUGCAACAUGCCUGUUCUACAGCUGGCCCAACUGCACAGUAAGCAGGACCAUGGUCCCCCACAGGGACCCCUCCCUGGAGCAGAGAACAUAGUCUAGCUCUUCCCACGGAACAGACUCUUGCACACACGAUAUCAAAAUGAAUCCCAGGCAGAGAAUUCCAAGUCUCUGAAUUGGCCGUUUUCUGCAGUGAUGCACCAGUGAUCCCCGUGUCUCCCGAUGAGCUCCCGGUGAGCUUGGAGCCCAGAUGUUUGGAUCUUGUCACCACCAGAACCCUCUGUGACCAUCUGAUGCCCUGAGCCUGCAGAUGUGGCUGUCGGGGAACAUUGGCUUCAGGAGGGUCUCCUGGGAGCUUUGUCACCCUGUGUGCAGCCCAAGCACUUGUGUCCAAGUAGAGUUUGCCUUUGCUAAGCAAGAGUGGGUGAUGGUGAGUGGGAUUGAAAGGAGUGUGGCCUGAGCCUUGGAGGCUGGUUCCCCAACCACCGGACUGCCAGGUGAAGACAUGUGCAGACCAUGCAUGAAACUUGGCAGCAGCAGCACGUUCCCUGUAAUCCCCGAGCCGAGUCAGCCGAGUGACCUCAUGAAGAACCAGCGGUCCGGAGGCCCAGCGCAAGGCUCCUUGACGUUCUUUUCCUUGAGGAGCUGUCUUGGCGUCCUGCCUUCUGAUGACAAGUCCCGGGCAGCUGUGGGCCUCACACCCGUGGGCUGUCGCAUGUUCACCUGGAAACAUGGCGCAUGCAAGAUUAAGCAAGGGAAGAAGGAGUCUGUGGCUGUUCCAUAGCACUGCACACUGGACUUUUGCUUCUUUUCAACCUCCAGGCAUCAAUUAACAUGAGACAGAUAAAGAACUUCUAGUGUUUAGCAAGAUCUGCGAGAACCAUCAUGUUCUCAUCAGGACUUCCAGCCUGCCAGAAGUGAGUGACCAGACUUCAUUGGAGACCCAGUGGAUGAGGGAGCUUCUGGACAAGGUCAUCAUGACCCCCAGUGACUCAGAGUGCAUCCACAAUCUCAGAGUUCAUGGCCUGGGCCAUCAGUGGCUAUACUAAUAACCGCACAGUCAGACUGGACACCAGCUCCCCUGAAAGUCAGCCCCCUAAAAGAACCACAUGCCCAAGAUCAGGCCGAGCCAAUUUGGCAACGUGAAGAAUGUUGAUCCCACGACCUUUUCCUUUCCUCUGUUCUGUCUGUUCAGCCUCAGUACUCCCCUUUGCUUCUGGCUCUCUUCUCUCCAUCUCUUAUUCUUAUGGUUGAGUUUCAGGUUAGUUCCAAGGCACUGGACUUAAAACAUCCCAUGGAGGGAGUGCUCAGUAUUUUCCGAAGUGUUGGGACUUGUAAAUAUUGUCUUCAGCAGCACACGGCCAAGGACCCACUGGUUGUAUGUUUGGUUUUGCACUUAGAUUUGGAGCACUUCAUUAUUUAAAAGCAUAUUUAUAGAAGAACUUCCAUUGUUUUUUUUUCUCCUUAGCACUCACAAACUUGUACACAAGUGACUCAGAAGUACCUGAUCUUUGGGGAGACCUGAAGAGUUUGUUAAAUUAACUCUGAGAAGGAAGCAGCUGGGCCCGUGAGCUAUUUUCCAAAGUCUGUCCUACCUGCUUGGCAUGAUUUCUGGACUGCCCUCUUCAUACCCACCUAGGCUGCUAGGCCUUUAAUAUGCCCCCCCCCCUCCACCGGCGGUGGGACCUCUCCACUUCAGAACAUGGAAAGCCUGAGAUCUCAUCCUCAAGUGUUUCAGACUUGGGCCACACCCGAUCCCCACCAUCCAUUGGGAAUCACAAAGGGACCACUCAGUUGAUUCAAAUGACUAAGAGGUUAGAGACAGAAAAUUAUUAGCUCGAAAAAACAUUGAGUGUUGGGUUCGCUCUGAAAACUGCUGCUCUGGGGAGCCUCGAUCAAUCAGCUGUUUCCUGUGUGCGACCUGUGUUACCUUCAGGCUGUUCUGUUUCCUUGACAAGGCGGUGGGAGUGAAGGCUAUUUGAUGCUAGAGCUUUAACCUGUUCAGCUCCGCACCCACUUCCUGAGCCACUCAUGGGAAGGACGUCAGUUAGAAGCACUCCCACCUCCCCGCUGACUUUAUCACAUCUUUCUUUUUUCUGUUUUUCUGGCGAUUGUUAAAUGCUGGGAAACCAAUAGAUUUGCCUGAGCUUUGAUGAAACAGGUUUACAGUAAAAUAUUUGAAGCGACCAAUGUCAGGAGAGAAGGUUUGGCUUGUCUCUAGAUCGCUACAGCUUAGUUAUCUUGUUUACAGCCAGAUCCUAGAAUUUUCUAGGAAUGUGGAAUUGCUUUGGAAUAAGUGCCAUUUCUUCCAUAUAGGGCUGCAAUCAGAAUGGAAAUCAGAAGUGUGGAUACUGGUGAGGCUUUCAGCUUGUACUUCUCUUCCCCUCCAAAGCGGUUUCUUCCAUCCCUGCUAUUUGUGGGUCUGCAUCCUUUGGGGCCCCGUCUGACUGCCCAGCAUCAUCGGGUGGGGGACCUCACCAAGUGACUUCAUUUUUUAAGAGCAAAACGUUUUAGUUCAAUAUCUCAUAUACUGUUUCCAACUGCAAGCUUGUUCAACUGUUUACUGUGUAAUCCCAACUGAACUCCAGUGCACUAAAGACCAAAGCUACAGAACCAAAUUGUCUUAUCCUUUGCAGAUCAGAAAGUAUUAGAACUUGAUAGUCAUUACAGAUGUCCAUCUCAUGUCUACACUAUGGAUAUGUGGCUACUUUUCUAGCAGAGUCAAGGCUAUGCCCGCAAAUCCCUUGCUAAGAUGUAACGUGAACUGAUGUUAAGAAAGCAGGUAAUUGGGAGAACUGAGUUAGGGGAUUACAGAAAUCUGUGCUCUGGGACCUGCUUAGUCAUCAGCUUCUCUAAUACACUGGGCCUCCAUGCCAAAAGCCAAUCACAUCCCUUAGUCUCUCAAACUCUAUAUGCCUUGAACGACCCUGACCUAGCAGAUAAUGGAGGUAGAGAUUCCGUGGAGUCUUUGUCCUCUAAGCCAAGCCAACAGAUCCUCAUUUAAACACUUUCACCAGUUGAAUUCCGUGUACUGGUUCUGCCCCACAGAAGUACUAACUGGGCUGUGCUUGUAUACUCCUUGAAUUCUGGCCAAAACAAUAGAGAACUGUUUGGUUAUUUGUAGUUACCAGCGUGACACCAGGAUCAAAUCCAACACAGAGAAAAAAGGGAGGAGGAAGGAAUCCCUUUGAUCCUCGCAUCAGGCCAAAAGCCCUGGUAAAGUCCACUGGUACUGCCUGAUCUCUUGCCCUCCCUUGGUGAGGAGCCAGGGGGAUCUGAGCUAUUUGUUUUGAUGUUCGGGGACCUUUGCCUAUUUAAUAAAUGGUGACUUUUGUGCUCUUAAAUGUGAAGGAAGGAAGCAGAAAAGUUGGGCUGGGCCAUGAGAGAAGCACUUUGCAGAACUGGAACCUAUUGCAUUGGUCGGGAUUCAGGGACAGGACCACAAAACCUGGGUGCUUUGAUUCCAGGCCUGGAAGGCAGCAAAGGCCUUCCCCACUUUCUUCGCUGCUGGGCUGACUGCUGUGGAAUGACUCCAUUCCGGUCUGUUCCAUCGCAGAAGCCGCAGUAUUUUUUACUUCCUCAGAUUUGUCCAAGGCAGAAAAGAGACCUGCUCGGAGGUGUUUAGGGGUGACGCAUAAACGAACCAAUGUAAAGGGCGCUGGGCACACGGAUGCAAAAGGAGAGAAUCCCUGCCCUCCAACAGUGGAGGAAUCAGAUCUCAGCAGGAAGCAAGUUGUGCUGGUGUUUUCCCCCAUUUGCUGAAUCCCUCGUACCUAGAACUGGCCGGUGUCAUCAUCAGAGGUGAUGCCACAUUCCCACAGCGUGAAACACUGACAACAUGCAGAGACCACACAAUGGUCACCUGCUUUCCAGGCCAGCACCCGUCAGUUAUGACAGGGACCUCCUAGAGGAGGGGGACUGCCCAAGGGCCUUAGAUUCCCUUCAGCCUUUGACUGGGCAGAGGGCUGCCCCUGUAGCUUCCCAUUAGUGACCUCAGGCUACGCUCUGAUCUUCCUGGGCUGAAGCCUCUCCCUGCCUCCGAUGGCCUCCCAACUCAUGGCUUUCUUGUCCUGUAGUGUUCACGACUACCUCAGGUGCAUGAUUGCCCACAGCUGGGGGGGUGUCCCCCCCCUUGGGAAGCUCAGCAGCUGCAUCAUCACACACAAGCCCAACACAGCCAUGGGUGCCCAGAGCUCAGCCCUCGGCCCUGCCAUUGGUCACAGUUCAUCUGGAAAUACCCAUUCCGGAGUCACGGAACAGACGGAGUUAACAUUUUUUGAAACACAUUCCUUUCCAGUAAGGCAUAUCACUGGCUUAGUUGCAACAUACUGGACGUCUUUGUUUCUAUACAAAUUAGAAACUUUCCAUUCCUUCCCUCACCCUUGCCAUAGAUGCCCUUGAUUUGACCUUUUAAGUGCCCAACUAAACAGUGAUCAGAUCUAAAUCUUGUCAGAGCGUUCAUGGCGGCUCGAGCCAAAGACAUGGGAGUGACAGGUACAAUCCUCAUUCUUCUCUUAGUUUAGCCAAGUCUUUUCCAUGAUCGUUAGAGCUCAUUGAAACUUUCCCCUUAUCCCCGGUGAUUCCUUCAUAAAGAUGUGACGGGAGGUGGGUGAAAAGGAAAGGGGGCACCGGCGGCUUCUGUCAGGCUGUCUUCAAGAUCCUCCUCCCCCCUCCUCUCCCAACUCCCCCAUGCAGAUGCGGGCACUUGUGUGUGGAGGGUGAGUUGGGAAGGCCCAGGAUCCUUAGUGGCAGCUAACCUGCCUUAUGGCCAUACUUGGGAAUAGCUAUGUAUACGCAAGGCACGUGUACACCACGUUAAUUCAUUUGUUUUCCUUUCUCCCUGUGUUGCUUUGAGAAGAAAACAAGAAUGAUAUUUUUUCUACAGAAUUCCUUGCCUACCCACCCUUUUGUCCCAUUUGGAAACAAACUGCUGGGAAUAGAGUUUUCACCAAGCCAAACGUGGCCUACCCUGGUGGGGAAAGGGGGGUCCGUGUGUGGUGAAUGUUGGGGAUCACUGAUAUAUUAGGUGAAAUGAUCUUGAGUUGGGUGUGGUUGUAUUUUUUUUUUUGAGGUCAUGGGAACAUUGUCCCAGUUAUCCAUUUGUGUUUCCAAAGUUGUCCAUUGGUCAGGGGAGGCAUUAUGUUCAAACAGAAAGAGCACUGAUUUUGGAAGCGGAAGAGUUCAAAUCCUGACUGUUGCUACUGGUGUGACCUUGGGCAAGUCCCUGUUUGUCUCUAGACAUCAGUGUGCACCUCUGUAAUCCACAGGACCUAGACCUCCAUUCUAAAUCUGUGUAUAGAGUGCUGUGGGAUGGCGAACCACCCUCCCAGGGGAGGGUCUCUUGUAGGGUCAGUAAAUGAGCCUCCUCCAGUCAAGUCAGGGGCCAUACCUCACCUCCCCCCCCCCCAAAAAAAGUGAGCUUGAAGGUUUGCAGAGCCCUUUCCUCACAAUAACUGUGAGGUAGGGAUCACAAGUACACUACACCCAUUUUUCAGCUAAGUAAGACUGAAACCCAGAGAAGUUGUCAUUUGCCCUGGAUCCCACAGCUGGUGAUUAGGGAGUUAGGAUUUGAACCAAGACUUUAGACACCGAGUCUAGUGAGUGCCCCACUAAGUCAGGCUGCCUCUCUGGUCACCCUUAAAUAGCACAAGAGACCACACCUUUAUCGCCUGUUUUGUAGACCCAGAGCUAUGCACCGAUUCCCGUCUUUGUUUCUUCUCACUCCACAAAGGCUCUAUGGUUCCCUGGCCUGCGGGCGGUAGAUCCGGCCUGUGCUAGCCCUGGGCCAGAAGCACUUGAAUCCUGAGCCUGGAAGCUGAAACUUGAAAGGAAAAGCAACCCUAAACAGAAGCACUCUUCAAACCCUGUCAGACUUUCUCCUCUCCGUCCCUCUCUCUCAGAUACACGUCACUUUAAACUUUUCUUUACCCAGACUGCGAGGGACUGUCAAGAAAAGGAGGAACACUGUGCAGUCUUAAUUUCAGUGAGCUUUGGCAUGACUGCUGUCUGGCUCCUUGGGUAAGUGAAUCACUGUAAAUCAAAGUAAAUGGAGAUCAGAAUCUCAAAGACUAGUAUAGAUGGCGGAGUAAGCUAGGAAAGUAGGACUUGGGUGCUCCCUUCCACUUUAAAGGAAGUAAAAAUACUUGAAAGCUAGGCACUUUGAAGUUCAGAUUUAGGAUCUGGGUUUGUUACAAAAGUAGUUCUAAUCAGCAUCAUUGGCCAGACCAUGCCUUGUGUGAGUGGUCAAGGAUCCCCAAAUCUGAAGUGUAUAAUCUUACCCUGCUGCGAGCUAUGAGCUCUUGGUGCCAGAACAGAAUUCUCCUAGAACUGAAUCCCUACAAAUGUCAAUAGGACUUCUUUCUAAUUGGACUAGGGCCGCCCAAAUCCUGAUGCCAGCACCUGGGCCCUAGAAUCCGUGCCAUCUUGUUAGCUGGGGACAGGACUCAGCCCCCUAGUUUGCCUAACCAGAGGAUACCAAGACACGGCUCUUCGGGCGAGCUCUCCCAAGAUUCCUAUCUCUCAUUUCUUGACCCUUAGAAUGGCUGGAAUGUCAUUCUCCUUUAUUGGAAUAGUUGCAAGGCAAGAUGUGUAGUGUUAAUGAAUGGACAGUGAAUGUUUCUGAUGAAAGAACUGACAGUUCCUCCCAUUCCUGUGAAAGAGAGAGUUUCUGGUCACGGGGUUUGUGUCUUGUGGCAGUUCCUAGAGGGGAUCUUCAGGUGGUGGUGUCCCUUGGGUCUAUUCAAGUAGAUAUCGUGUAACUCCUGAAAAAAGUUUAUGAAACUCUGAGCCUCUGGUUUCAUAGACAUAUUUGUACACUAAAAAUUCUGCAGCAGAAUAUUUUUUAAAACAUUUGCUGUUUUGUAAGCUAUAUUUUUGUAUAUUUAAUUGCUAUUUUAAAAUUCUAAUGCAUCUUUUGCUAAUCACAUUCUUGUUUUAAAAAAUAAAGUUUGCAUGUGGUUGACUUGAAAUGUAAAUAA